AUGCGAUCUAGCGAUUCCUCUUUUAAUUCUAGAUAUAAGUCGUCACUGACUACUGCGUCGGGUAUUCCUGACGACUAUUCAAUUACUACAUUCAAGGAAUAUGAAGAAUUGUACAAAGAGUCUAUUCUUUAUCCAGACCGGUUUUGGGGAAACCUGGCUCGACAGCUUUUAACUUGGAGCCGCGAUUUCGACACUGUUCAGCACGGAUCCUUAGCCAAUGGAGAUGUUUCAUGGUUUCUCGAAGGCCAACUCAAUGCCUCUUUCAACUGCCUUGAUCGCCAUGCGAUUAAAACUCCCGACAAAAUUGCUAUUAUUUAUGAGCCUGACUCCGGUGACGAUUUUAGAACGGUGAGCUACGGUAGCCUCCUGCGUGAGGUCUGCAAGUUGGCCCACUCGUUAAGAAAUAUGGGUGUGAUUAAAGGAAGCACUGUUGGUAUCUACAUGCCAAUGAUGCCAGAAGCUGUAGUGGCUAUGUUGGCUUGCGCUAGAAUUGGUGCUGUGCACGCUGUGGUUUUCGCUGGAUUCUCGGCCAACUCACUUCGGGAUCGAAUUAUCAACGCUAAAUGCCAAGUAGUUAUUACCACAAAUGAGAGCAAACGCGGUGGUAAAACUAUGGGCACGAAGUCGAUUGUUGACGCAGCCCUUGAAAACAACUGCAGCGUUACCAAUGUCUUAGUCUUUAGACACACUGAGUCGGAGGUUCCUUGGACACCUGGAAGGGACGUAUGGUGGCAUGAAGAGAUUGAGAAGUAUCCGGGCUAUAUCGCACCGGAGCCCAUGGCGUCUGAAGACCCCCUCCUUUUGCUCUACACAUCUGGGUCGACUGGGGCUGCAAAAGGAAUCAUGCACACAACCGGGGGUUACCUUGUCGGAGCUGCAGCGACCGGAAAAUAUGUGUUUGAUCUUCGGCCGGAGGAUCGAUUCUUCUGCGCUGGAGACAUUGGCUGGAUCACGGGGCAUACCUACGUUGUUUAUGCGCCAUUACUGCUUGGUGCUACCACCCUAGUUUUCGGAGGAACCCCUACGUAUCCAACUCCAAGCCGCUACUGGAAUGCAAUAGACCGUCAUGAAGUCACUCACUUCUACGUUGCACCGACAGCCUUGCGACUUUUAAAACAAUUUACCCAAGAAGCUGUACUGCCCGAGAUGAAGAAUUUAAGGGUUUUAGGUUCGGUUGGCGAGCCUAUUGCCCCGGAGAUUUGGAAUUGGUAUUCCGAGGUAAUUGGCAAGGGAAAAUGUGACGUUAUUGAUACUUAUUGGCAAACCGAAACGGGUUCGCAUGCUAUCACCCCUCUGGCGGGGAUUACUCCAACCAAACCUGGAUCAGCGUCUUUGCCAUUCUUCGGCAUAGAUACUGUCAUUAUUGAUCCUGUGUCAGGCAGAGAAAUCCAUGGCAAUAACGUGGAAGGUGUACUCGCCUUUAAGCGGCCGUGGCCGAGCAUGGCUCGAACGGUGUGGGGUGACCACAAGAGAUAUAAGGAUACGUAUCUGAAUGCGUAUCCUGGUUAUUAUUUUACUGGGGACGGUGCAUAUCGUGACCACGAUGGCCUGUACUGGAUUCGCGGCCGCGUGGACGAUGUCAUCAAUGUGAGUGGUCAUCGCCUAUCAACUGCAGAAAUUGAAGCCGCCAUUCUUGAACAUCCACGAACGAUAGAAGCCGCAGCCAUUGGAGUUCCUGAUGAAAUUACCGGUCAGUCUGUUAUUGUAUUUACAAGUUCAAAAGAUGGACAAAUCGACCUCAAUGAGCUGGCGAAGGAACUUGUUCUCCAAGUGAGAAAAUCUAUUGGGCCAUUUGCAGCACCAAAGUUCAUAUAUGUGGUUCAAGACUUGCCGAAAACAAGAUCAGGAAAGAUCAUGCGCCGUAUUUUACGCAAAAUACUUAUGGGUGAGGAGCACCAAUUGGGUGAUACCAGCAGCCUUUCAAACCCAUCUGUAGUGGACGAAAUUAUCAAGACAGUUCAUAGUAGGCUAGCUUAG